AUGCCCCUCUACGAAAUCCACCACUCUUGCCCGCUGACCACGAGCCAACAACACGCCCUCGCCACAGCUAUAACAACGCUGCACUGCACAACCUUCUCCGCCCCCUCGGCCUUUGUGAACACAGCCUUCCACGGCCCCAGCCCAGCAUCGCCCAGAAUCUACGUCGGCGGCACCCCGCAGCGCACAAACUAUAUCCUGGGGCACUUGCGGCCGCGCCCCGACAACGCUGCGAAGCAGGCACACGUCGUUUCUGCGCUGACGCGGCUGUGGAAUGAGCUCGCGCGCCCCGUGGACGGCGUGCUCGGACGGGUGGGUGAGGAGCUGGGGGCGGGGUGUACGCCGAAGCGCGGGGAGGGGAGGUUGGAUGAUGAGCGGGCGCUGCAUAAUGUGUUUUUGAUGGAAGAUAUAGUCGCGGGGGCGGAGCAAGGGUUUGCGCUGCCGGUGGCAGGGAAAGAUGGGGAGUGGGCGGAAUCGAAUAUGCGUGAGUUUGAGCGCAGGGCGGGGGAUGGGGAUGAGAGUAUGAGGGGGCUUGUGAGGGAGUACGAGGCGAAGCUGUAG